GCCGAGGGGCGGGGCCUCCGGUGGCCCGAGCUGGCGGGGCUGCUCGGGUGGGAGCCGUGCGGUCCGACUGCUCGCGGCUCCGGGAUGGCCUCCCCGCGGGAGCUGACGCAGAACCCCCUGAAGAAGAUCUGGAUGCCGUACAGCAACGGGCGGCCCGCCCUGCACGCCUGCCAGCGCCGCGUGUGCAUGACCAACUGCCCCACGCUCAUCGUCAUGGUGGGCCUGCCCGCCCGGGGCAAGACCUACAUCUCCAAGAAGCUGACGCGCUACCUGAACUGGAUCGGCGUGCCCACACGGGAGUUCAACGUGGGCCAGUAUCGCCGGGACAUGGUCCAGACGUACAGGUCUUUUGAGUUUUUCCUCCCAGAUAACGAAGAGGGCCUGAGGAUCCGAAAGCAGUGCGCCCUGGCCGCUCUCCGUGACGUCCGGCGGUUCCUUAGUGAGGAGGGGGGACACGUGGCGGUUUUCGAUGCAACAAACACCACCCGCGAGCGGAGGGCGACCAUCUUUAAUUUUGGGGAGCAGAACGGCUACAAGACCUUCUUCGUUGAGUCCAUCUGUGUGGAUCCCGAGGUCAUCGCGGCCAACAUCGUGCAAGUGAAGCUGGGCAGCCCUGACUACGUCAACCGCGAUGGCGAGGAGGCCGCGGAGGACUUCCUCAGGCGCAUCGAGUGCUACGAGAGCUCCUACGAGUCCCUGGACGAGGACCUGGACAGGGACCUGUCCUACAUCAAGAUCAUGGACGUGGGGCAGAGCUACGUGGUGAACCGCGUGGCCGACCACAUCCAGAGCCGCAUCGUGUAUUACCUCAUGAACAUCCACGUGGCCCCGCGCUCCAUCUACCUCUGCCGGCACGGCGAGAGCGAGUUCAACCUCAAGGGCCGCAUCGGUGGGGACCCCGGACUGUCCCCGCGGGGCAGGGAGUUUGCCAGGCGUCUGGCCCAGUUCAUCAGCGACCAGAACAUCAAGGACCUGAAGGUGUGGACCAGCCAGAUGAAGCGGACCAUCCAGACGGCCGAGGCGCUGGGCGUGCCCUACGAGCAGUGGAAGGUCCUCAACGAGAUCGACGCGGGCGUCUGUGAGGAAAUGACCUACGAGGAAAUCCAGGAUCACUACCCCCUGGAGUUCGCCCUGCGGGACCAGGACAAGUACCGGUACCGCUACCCCAAGGGGGAGUCCUACGAGGACCUGGUGCAGCGCCUGGAGCCGGUCAUCAUGGAGCUGGAGCGGCAGGAGAACGUGCUGGUCAUCGGCCACCAGGCGGUGAUGCGCUGCCUGCUGGCCUACUUCCUGGACAAGGCGGCAGAGCAGCUGCCCUACCUCAAGUGCCCGCUGCACACGGUGCUGAAGCUGACGCCCGUGGCCUACGGUUGUAAAGUGGAGUCCAUCUUCCUGAACGUGGGGGCUGUGAACACGCACCGGGAGAGGCCGCAGAACGUAGACAUCGCGAGGCCUCCAGAGGAGGCCCUGGUCACGGUCCCUGCUCACCAGUGACCCUGCCUCCUCCACGGCGACCCGGCGGCCAUCUCUGCAGACAAGGUCAUUCCAGGCCCUGGGCCGCCCGCAGGCACCAGGCAGGGGCCCCGUCCACGCCACCCGCUUCCUGCUGACGGCCGUGGGGCUGUCGCACCUGCUCUGCGGCCUGACCUGCAGCUGGAGACCCUCCAGCCACGCGGCCUGCUCUGCGGGCGGAAUUUGCCGGCACUGGGCCUGCUGCGGCCCGUCGGCCUCGUGAAGCGGGCAGCCCCGUGUGGCCCAGCUGCUGGCCUGGGCCCGGAAGCCCUGCAGGCGCCCCGCUGGCCCGGGUGCGAGGAGAGCCCUGCCCACCGCCCUGCCAGGGACUGAGGGCUCCCACCAUGGACAGCUGGCCAGGCCGUGUCUGAGCCGCUGGGGAGAGUGGGGGCUCGUGUCACGCGCAGGGAGCCGGCAUCGCGGCCCCGCCCAGUCACACGGAGCCCCGAGGAGGAGCCCCGAGGAGGAGCCCCAAGGAGCUGCUGGCCAAGACCACCCCUGUGGUGGCUUCUCUCGUGCGUCACUCCGCCCGGCGCGCCUGCCCCGGACUCGGGGGGGCGGCCAGCACCGGGUGGAUGGCCACGAGGGUCUGGAUCUAUGCUGUGCACCUGCCGCCCACAGUGCACCUCGCUGGUGCCAGGCCAGGGCCCCAAGCCUGCUUUGCACCUGCAGCCUUUCCUGGGGUGUCCCUGCAGGACACCCUGCCUUUCCCAGCGCCCAGGGCUCUGCAGCCGCAGGGGUGUGGGCAGCCCCUCCCGCCUCUCCCCGGGACGGUCUCCGCACGGCUGCCGCCUGGCUGCUCGGCGUGGCCAGCACAGUCAUGUGUGGGUCGCAGGCGUUUUCCUCUCGCCCUGGAACAGGUGGGAUGGGGUCUCGGCCGCACAGCACUCUGUGUCCAGGGCUCUUUGCAAUAAAUAGUUUUUAAAAUCA